CCGCACGUAAUUGCAGUGCGGGUUAGUACCUCGGAGCUCGCGCCAGUCCGUUGUUCGCCGCCGUAGCGGUCGCGCCUCGCUUUAACAUCAUAAAAAUAUGACUUCAACUAUGGAUACUUGAGUAACGCUUGUCGUUAGACACCUUUCAAAGUUUAGUUCAAAGUGAUCUUCGGAAAAUGAGCGAGGAGCAGGAACAGUGUGACUCUUUCAAUUCGUGGGAGUUGAACGGACUCAACUCUUUGGACCUCUGGGACUACACCGUGGAACUGGAGUGCCUGCAAGGAACCGAAGAUUUGCAGCUAGCAGCAGAACUCGGGAAGACCCUGUUGGAGAGGAACAAGGAGUUGGAGACAGCUCUCCGCCAACACCAAAAUGUCAUCGAAGAUCAGGCACAAGAAAUUGAAUACUUAACAAAACAGACAGUCGCCUUGCGGGAGGUGAACGACUCAAGACUGAGGAUCUACGAACAGUUAGAAGUCAGCAUUCAAGAUUUGGAGCGGGCCAACCACAGGCUCGCUUCCGACCAUGCCGCCGACAAGAAACACAUCAAAACUUUGUGUGCAAACAUUGAAUCAUUGGAGAGUAAAUGUGAGGAACUGCAGAAGGUAUCAGACGACCUGAAAGCCCAGCUUGAGAUUGCCAGGCGACGAGCAGAAAAGAAACCUGAGAGCGAGCAUUCCAAAGAAAAUGAAAAGAAUGAGAAGACAGAGCAUGUCCCCGUCACACCCAACUGUAAAAGGCCUCAAAUGAGCACGCCCAUCAAAGCGACGCCAAUAGCACCCCUCCCAGAACUGACGAAAGAGGACGAGGACUUACUCAGGCUAAGCGACGAACUCAGAGAAAGCAAAGUAUCCUUCGCCCAAGAACAACGGAGGGUGACCGAGUUAGAAGAACAACUAGCGUCUAUGAUCCAAGAAAACAAUAGGUUGCAGGAACAACUGAGGAAUUGGCACCAGAGAGAAGACGAACCAAAAUCUAUGCAUGAAGAGUUCUCUAUCUUGGAAGAAGUCAGACAAGGCCAACUUUGCAUAAGAUGUCUAAGGGGCGUCGAACGAGGAGACGACAUGUCGUCAAUGCUCGAUGGAGACGAUGACGACAGGAGUGCUAUCAGCUCUCUGAUCCUCACACCCACUCACCCAGACAGUGCCAGGGAAGACCUGGUCUCUAACAAACUUGUCAAAUUCGACAAUGCCAAGGAAAAAUUACUCCAAGGUAUAUGGGCCAAUAAAGAAGACGGUCACGAUAACCCCUACAGAGAACUUGUCCAGAAGUACGAGGCUCUUCUGGAAGUUCAACUAUCACAAGCCAAGAACCUGAGGAAGAACAAACAGAACUCGUCGCCCAGCGCGCAGGUACAGCCUGGAAUAUUAUCUCUCCAAGAUGAGCUACAAACAUCUGGAGACUACACCCAUUUCAGCGUCAAAGACACUGACGACGAAAGCGGCCACGGCGAGGAGGCGCAGAAAGAGAACAACACCCAAAAGAAGGUUGAAACCACAUCUCGCAAAAAGAUUAUACAAACACCAGACUUUUCGGAAGCAGAAACUUCGAGCUCUGGUUUCUCAGACGAAACAAGCAACAAAGCUACGCAAACAGAGCGCGAGCGCCCCGGGUCUUUCCUCUGCACGAUCGCCGACGGAGAGGAUUACCGAUUCAGCAUCUACGAUGAUGCGAGUCCCAUGGACAGCCGCUUCCGAAACAGACCAGAAUAUCGGGAAUUGUUCAAAGAAAUCUUUACUAUUCUCAAAAAAGCAGCGGAAAACAAAGACGAAGGAGAACAACUGCCUCUCCUUGAUGAUACAACCGUCGGAAAAGUACCGCCGGUCACACCGGCUACGGAGGAACCACCAGGAAACUUCACUGAUGACACACAGAGCGUUUUGUCGUCUGUGAUGUCGGAACAGUCGAUUCCAGUGUCCGAUAUUACAGCCCCAGAAACUCCAACUUUGACAGAAAAGAAGAAAUCUGUUGCUGAGCCAGUCAAAAAGUUAGAAGUUAAGAAAAGAGAAAAGAAGCCAGCAGAGUCGAUCGCUCCUCAAAAACCUAAACCUGAAAAAGAGUCGGAAACUAAAGAGAAGGAACCCGAGAAGCAAACUCAAAAGGAAAAAGAAAAGGAGCGCGUAUUGACCCCGCUAGUGCGCCAACCGUUGGAGUACAUCGCGGCCACUAGAAAGAAGUCCAGACAUCGCAACCGCAAGCACAGCCAGGAUCGCCAAGGUGCAGACUCUCCCGUAUUUCCGUCGCCGCCGAAAAUAACUUACCAGAAGAUAUCGAAUAAGAAGCGAAGGGAUUACAGGCCUAUUGAAGCGAGUCCCCUGGUGGCACCCUCCGAGAGCGACUGGAACGGAGUCACGUUAUCGUUUUACAACAGAAGUUUGAACUCGCCGACCCCGAGCACGAGCAGCCGGACCGGGAAGAUCUACCAGGGCUGGAACGCCGAGACCGACUCGUGGGACAUCAAGCAGAGCACGGCCUCGCAGGAGAUCCACAAGCUGAGGAAACUCGAGCUCUCCUACGCGGAGGUGUUAAGGAACGCCGACAAGACCAAAACCCGGCGUAAAAAACACCAGUAAUUUAUUAUUUUAACAUUCGACCCCUCUUGCUUCAGCAAGAGUUGAGUGAAGAACCGCCAUUUGUCUUUGCCAACUGGACAUAGGAAUUUAGUUUAGUGUAUUUGUGAUCUGCUAGCGUUAUUUUUAUUAAUUUGUACCUAACUAUAUUCACAAUCGUAAAUUGCCAUAAUUGGUAUAGCUCUUGUAUACCUCUAAUAUGUAAUUAUGUAUCCCGACAUUUGGAAAUUCAUUACAAUAGUAAUUCACUUCCCUCCGAUAUACCUACAUACAUAGCUAUUCUUGAUCAACAAAAAUUGCAUUUAUGGAAGAUAGGACGGCUUAAUUCGCUGAGUACUUCAAUUGAUUUGUUAGGCUUCUUCAACUGAAUGAGUUUUGCUUUUUAACUCAGUUCUGUUAUUGUUUAGUCACUAUUUUAAUUGUAUAUUAUGUAUUUGAUUUGAAUGUGUAAAUAUGAUUUUAAGUUAAUGUAUUUUUUUAAUUGCCAUGAAAUAUUGAGUACUCAAGGUUUUUGUAUGGAAUUGUAUGCUAAAUUUAUUUAAUGCCGAGCGGACAGAGGAAGGUUGAAGGUAUAAAUAAAAAUUUGCAUUAAUAUAAUAA